GCCAUUUUCUUUGACAGAUGGAAUGUGGUGUAAUGAAUUUAAUAUUAAUUUCAAACAUAAAUCAAUAAACAACUUGGGCCUCUAGCUAUAAGUGAAAUUCUAUAGGUAGAAAAACCGAUUGACCCCGACUGCCCAUAGGUGCUGUCCUGCUGUGGAAUCCCUUUGCUCAGUUUUCUCCUGUCCAAUCAGGUGGAAUGUUUCACAGGCACAUGGUUUAUACAGCUCAAAAUAACUUGGGACCUGCGAGCUGACAAAUGCUCUGGCUCCGGUGGUGACAGGUUGUCCAGCUUCUUACAGCCAUCUUCACUGAAGCUGAGGUUAACUCCUCACUCUCUAUGGACGGCCACUGUCUAUUUCCAAGGGCGUGAAGAAUUCUCUUUUUCUCCUGUGCUUUCAUCUGAAAGUUCUCCUCGGAUAUUAUCAUCACAGUGGAGUGCCUGAGCUGAACAUCCUCAUCUGGGUCAACUAAAAAAAGAAAGCAUGCAAGACGACAGCAUGGAAGCUUCUACUUCCAUUUCUCAGCUUCUGAGAGAGAGCUAUUUAGCAGAAACUAGACAUCGGGGAAACAAUGAGAGGAGUCGAGCAGAACCUUCCUCCAACCCUUUCCAUUUUGGCAGUCCUUCUGGAGCUGCCGAAGGAGGAGGCCAAGAUGACCUUCCAGAUCUUUCAGCCUUUCUGAGCCAAGAAGAAUUGGAUGAAAGUGUCAAUCUGGCAAGAUUGGCCAUCAAUCACGACCCUUUGGAGAAAGCAGAUGAAGCUCAAAUUAGAAAACAUCUUUCUUCUGAUCCGAUGAAGCACUCACCAAAAUCAAGUUUUGACUCUAACUUCUGCCAGGAUAACUCUCGAAGUGCUACCAGCUCUAAAGAGAGCCCCCAGGAGACAAAAAGGCCGCAGUAUAGUUCUGAAACCCAGUCCAAGAAAGUAUUCUUAAAUAAGGCUGCCGAUUUCAUUGAAGAGCUGUCCUCCCUUUUCAAAGCCCAUAGCUCCAAAAGGAUUAGACCUCGUGCCUGCAAAAACCACAAGAGUAAAUUGGAAUCUCAAAAUAAAGUUAUGCAGGAAAACAGCUCCAGUUUCUCAGAUCUAUCAGAAAGACGAGAAAGAUCUUCUGUUCCCAUCCCUAUCCCUACAGAUACUAGGGAUAAUGAAGUGAAUCAUGCUCUUGAGCAGCAGGAAGCGAAGAGGCGAGAAGCUGAGCAGUCUGCCAGUGAGGCAGCUGGUGGAGACACCACCCCAGGGUCUUCACCUUCAUCUUUGUACUAUGAAGAGCCUCUGGGACAACCUCCGCGGUUCACUCAAAAGUUACGGAGCAGAGAAGUUCCAGAAGGAACCAGAGUACAGUUGGAUUGCAUAGUGGUAGGAAUUCCACCACCUCAAGUAAGGUGGUACUGUGAAGGCAAGGAGCUUGAAAAUUCCCCAGACAUUCACAUCAUCCAGGCAGGAAAUCUGCACUCACUGACCAUUGCUGAAGCCUUUGAAGAAGACACAGGACGCUAUUCCUGUUUUGCUUCUAACAUCUAUGGGACAGACUCAACUUCUGCUGAGAUUUAUAUAGAAGGGGUUUCUUCUUCUGACUCAGAAGGGGACCCUAACAAGGAAGAGAUGAAUCGAAUCCAGAAGCCAAGUGAGGUGUCAUCCCCUCCCACUACCUCUGCAACCAUUCCUUCAGCAGUACCCCAAGCCCAGCAUGUGGUGGCCAAGCCCAGUGUGUCAACCAUCCAGCAGUGUCAGAGCCCCACCAACUAUUUGCAAGGAUUGGAUGGAAAACCUAUCAUUGCAGCUCCUGUGUUUACAAAGAUGUUACAAAAUUUAUCAGCCUCUGAGGGUCAGCUGGUUGUCUUUGAAUGCAGAGUAAAAGGAGCUCCAUCUCCUAAGGUUGAGUGGUACAGAGAAGGGACCUUGAUAGAAGAUUCUCCAGAUUUUAGGAUUUUACAGAAAAAACCCCGAUCCAUGGCAGAGCCAGAGGAGAUCUGCACUUUGGUCAUUGCUGAAGUAUUUGCAGAAGACUCUGGGUGCUUCACGUGUACUGCAAGCAACAAGUACGGCACCGUGUCCAGCAUUGCACAGCUGGAUGUAAGAGGAAAUGAAGACGUCAGAAAUAAUGGGUCUCUUCACUCAGCCAGCUCCACCACCAACCUGGCUGUUAUUGAGCAACAGCCAUCCUCACCCAACCCAGAGCCUCCUUCUGUGGAACAACCCCCGAAACCCAAACUUGAAGGGGUUCUGGUGAACCACAACGAGCCCCGGUCCAGCUCAAGGAUUGGGCUCCGUGUGCACUUCAACCUGCCUGAAGAUGACAAAGGAAGUGAAGCAUCCUCUGAGGGCGGCAUGGUGACCACCAACCAGAUCAGGCCUGAUUCUUUCCAGGACAGAUUCAAUGGACAGGCAGCAAAAAUCUCUGAGCCUUCUUCACCUGUCAAAGAGCCCCCUCCAGUUCUGGCCAAACCCAAACUCGAUUCCAGUCAGUUACAACAGCUUCACAACCAAGUCUUACUGGAACAACAGCAGCUGCAGAACCCACCUCCUUCAUCUCCUAAAGAGCUCCCCUUCAACAUGAGUGUUUUGAACUCCGUGGCUCCUCCAACAGUGACAAUGUCCAGCAAGCAGAUGAAGGCCCCUUCACAGACAUUCAGCUUGGCCCGGCCAAAGCAUUUCUUUCCCUCCAUGAGUACCACCGCAGCAGCCGUGUCCCCUUCCAGCUCUCCAGUGUUCACCCUGAGCAGCACUCCUCAAGCCAUUCAGAGGACAGUGAGCAAAGAAAGCCUCUUACUUUCUCACCCCUCUGUGCAAACCAAACCUCUAGGAGGGUUUUCUAUCCAAAAUGAGCCACCCCCUCCAGGUCCAAUAGAACCAGCACAACCGCCACUCACAUUUUCCAUCUCCAGUGGAAACCAGUUUCAGCCCCGCUGUGUAUCCCCAACUCCUGUCUCUCCCACCAGCCGGAUUCAGAACCCAGUGGCUUUCCUCAGCUCUGUUCUACCUUCUCUCCCUGCCAUCCCACCCACCAAUGCCAUGGGGCUGCCUAGAAGCGCACCAUCUGUGCCAUCCCAGGGACUAAUGAAGAAAAAUACAAAGUCUGCCCAACCAGUGAGUGAUGAUUACAUUCGUGAAGCUAAGAAUGCAGUGAUUCUAGACUUGGGGAAAAAAAUGAAUUUCAGUGAUGUCAGAUCAAACCAGCAGGAGUACAAAAUUUCAAGCUUUGAGCAGAGGCUGAUGAAUGAAAUAGAGUUUCGUUUGGAACGUACCCCUGUUGAUGAAUCAGAUGAUGAAAUCCAACAUGACGAGAUCCCCACGGGCAAGUGUAUUGCUCCCAUCUUUGACAAAAGACUCAAGCACUUCCGUGUCACAGAAGGCUCUCCAGUCACAUUCACCUGCAAAAUUGUUGGGAUACCUGUUCCAAAGGUUUACUGGUUCAAAGAUGGGAAGCAGAUUUCAAAGAGAAAUGGGCAUUGCAAAAUGAGGCGAGAAGAAGAUGGGACAUGUUCUCUGCACAUUGAAUCUACCACCAGCGAUGACGAUGGCAACUACACCAUCAUGGCUGCCAACCCCCAGGGGAGAAUCAGCUGUUCUGGCCACUUGAUGGUACAAGGUUUGCCCAUUCGCAGUCGACUAACAUCCGCUGGUCAGUCUCACAGAGGAAGGUCCCGAGUGCAAGAAAGAGACAAAGAGCCCCUGCAGGAGCGCUUUUUCCGACCACAUUUCCUGCAGGCUCCUGGGGAUCUGGUGGCUCACGAGGGGCGCCUCUGUCGGCUGGACUGUAAGGUGAGUGGCUUACCACCCCCAGAGCUGACGUGGCUGCUCAAUGGCCAACCUGUGCUACCAGAUGCCUCCCACAAGAUGCUGGUCAGGGAGACCGGAGUCCACUCUCUGCUCAUUGACCCACUCACUCAACGCGAUGCAGGGACCUAUACAUGCGUUGCUACCAACAAAACCGGACAGAAUUCCUUCAGUCUGGAGCUCACUGUAGUAGCCAAAGAGGUGAAGAAAGCGCCAGUUAUCCUGGAGAAACUGCAGAACAGCGGGGUUCCCGAAGGCCACCCGGUGAGGCUGGAGUGCCGCGUGAUAGGCAUGCCACCACCUGUGUUCUACUGGAAGAAGGACAAUGAGACCAUCCCUUUCACCAGAGAGAGGAUCAGUAUGCACCAGGACGCAACUGGGUAUGUCUGCCUUCUCAUCCAGCCAGCCAAGAAAUCAGACGCUGGGUGGUACACGUUGUCAGCCAAGAAUGAAGCAGGCAUCGUGUCAUGCACUGCCAGGCUGGAUAUAUACGCCCAGUGGCACCAGCAGAUCCCACAGCCCAUGUCCGUCCGGCCCAGUGGCAGUCGCUAUGGAUCUCUCACCAGUAAAGGACUUGACAUUUUCUCUGCCUUCUCUUCCAUGGAAAGCACAAUGGUGUAUUCAUGCUCUUCUCGGAGUGUAGUGGAGAGUGACGAACUUUAAGAAUGUCUGGGUGCCUGCUGUGUAAGGGGGCAGACUGUGGAGGGGGAAGGAGGACAAGCCAGACACGGUGGUUUCCAAGCAACUGGAUUUGAGUAAGUUCCCAUGCUGCUGGACCUGUGGCAAGGAAUGCUUUGAAUAAGUCAGCUAGGGACUCCUGCAGUCUUGGCUGAGGGAGAGAUGGAGGGCUGUGCCUUUUAAAGAUUCCAACAAAAAGUGAGAAUACAAUACAGAUGAACCAAAGAUGUCAUGCAGCUGCCAUCCACUGCUUUGGGAAAAAGCUAACAUGCUCCCCUGCCCCCUGCUGUGUUAGGGAUGUUUAGGCCCUUCUAGGGGCAAUUAGGGGCCAUAGGCUCGGGCUGAGAGGAGUUAGACAGUAGUGACCUUAGGUAUCACUAACUCAGCGGACAAUGCAAAGGCGAAAAGUGGGGAGGUCUGCAUCGCCUUUCGUUGAUUACAUCCAUAGCAAUGGUUUUUGUGGAUUCAUUAAAUCAGCUUGAACUUAGCAUUUAGAGAUGCAACUCAUAUAUGUGGAGAAGCACUUUUGAUUUGUUUAUCCUGGGUGUACUGAGCCACACAAUAAGGUGCCAAAAUGUGCUUGAGAUGCAAAAAAUUCAUUGAAACACUCAAUAUUGCACAGUGCACUUAUUCUGUAGCCCCACCAGCCUGUCUGUCCAUUUUCUUUUGGAUACGAUGGUGAGUGGUUUCUCUUUCCAACUUAUUAUAUCCCUAGACUCUAGAACUAAAAGUUUGUUAAUAAACCAACCAGAAAGAAGUCUUCUACAGGGUCACUUUUAAAACUACUAGCUUCAAUUGCCACUUGCAAUAUAUGCGCGAGUCAUCAUCAUCUUCCCACAAAAUACUGACCCUCCUGCUCCUCCCUUCUCCCCGAAAGUCUGGAGUGCAUGAGGCAGUGAGGAAGGAAGAGAUGCAAACAAGGAGAGAGGUGAUAGGAGAGUCUUGUUUUUCACUUGCCCCAGCAAAGCAGUGGUUGUGAAAGGAGAGGUCUUUAAGAGUUGUGGACUGCUUUGAUAUCAUUACUGAAAUUGCAUUUUCUACAUAGAAAAUGUUAUGCUAGCUGAGAAAAUGGGAGGAAUGCGGAGUAUGCAUCUUUAUUCUAACUCACAAAUUCAAAAUUGGUGCCUCUCAAUUUCUGGAAUUUUUAGACUUAAACUCACUGCGAUAUCCCCAGUGCCUAGAUGAGUGCUUAGCACACAGUAGACAUUCAGUAGAUAUUUGUUAGAUGAAUGAAUCUUGUAGUAGAAAGAGAAUCUACAAUUCACACAGCAGUGCAAAAAUUGCCCUAGGAAUUGUCGCCACAGCAUGGUUUGCUCCAGAUUCACCAGUGAAAUGAACUGGAGGUGGCUGUCUCCGACUCCCUGUGGGCAGGUCUCUGGUGGUCUCUGAGCCAGGCACCCUCUCCUGGCAUCUUACUCAAGCGAACAAGUAGUAAUUGCUUAGAAAGGCUUGAAACCUUCUUCACUUCAAGGCAAGGAUUUCCAGUAUAAAAAUAAAUUCAUUCACUCAAAAAAUCAUUUGUGUUUCUACUCUGUAUAAGAUGCUAUGCUGGAGACCGUGGGUGACACAAAGAUAUGAAUAAAACACAGUCCCGUCCUCAGUGAGCUCACAAUCUAGAAGGAGAGGUAAAAUACAAGGCAUGUAGAGUCUACUUCUCGGGGCAAAAAUCUAUUCUUUAUCAAAUAGAAGUUUCCAGUACUCUUCAUCCUAUAUUUUUCAUGACUCUAAAAUCAUCUUAUUUUCAAUCUUUAUUUCUUAAUGAAAAAAAUGCGAGAGGUUACAUUCUUAAGAAAUAAAGGUUUCAGUCAAUUAUUUAACAGAAUUAUUAGUUUUUUUACUUUUUCAUGUAUGCAGGAACAAUAGUAAAAAUAUAUGCAACUGUAAUGAAACAGAAUGCAUUUCGUACAGAACACAUCCUAUAAAAUGUUCUUUUUGCUAUUGACUUUAUUAUGAAAUCUCUUUAUGACCAGAGCACUUUCUAAUUCUAGGAUUGCUUCUCCACAGUUGUGCACCGAUCUUCUCCUUACAUCUAUUUGUAUAAACUCUAGACAGUUCUUCUGUUGAACUGUCUGGAUGAAGAAAGGAUAUUCUUCAUCUCUGUAUGUCUUACCUUUCUAAGUAUUUUUUACCUGUUGUCUAGUGUUCAACACAGAACAAAGAUAAAUAUUAUAUUUGAACACUAGGUGGAGCUGUCCAACCUAAAAUAUAGCAAACCUAAAAAUUCCUGAAAUGUGAACUAUUGGAUUUUGUUAAAGCAGGGUUUCUCAACCUCAGCAUUAUUGACAUUUUGGGCUGGAUAAUUCUUUGUUGUGGAGGACUGUCCUGCACAUUGUAGGAUGUUUAGCAGCAUCCCUGGCCUCUACCCACUAGAUGCCAAUGACAUAGCAGCCACUCUCCUGGUUGUCUCUCUAGGCCAGGCCACCCGACGUGUCUCCAGCCAUUGCCAUAUGUUUCCUGGGAGACGGGAUCUCCCCUUAUUGAGAGCCACUGUGUUGAACGAAUCAAUGCCCUGCUUUAAGAAUGCUCUUGGAAUUCAAUUACAACAAGGGAUACUAAUACAAGAAAUUUUAGUUCCGCUGGAUAUAUUUGGACUCAACGUAUCCAAAAUCAGAUUCAUCAUCUUCCCUUUCAUAAACAUUCUUCAGCGUGGUUUAAUGAUUUCUAUUAACGGCACGAUCACUUUCCUAGUUAUCCAAAUAAAAAGCAUCCAAGUCAUUUUUUUUCUUCCUCUAUCCAAUCAAUCAACAAAUCCUGUUCAUUCUAACUCUACUAUUUCUUUUAUAUUCAGGCCUUCUUUUCCAUCCCCAUCCAUUCCAAUUCACCAGUUCAGACUUUCAUUACUUUCUUAAUUUCCCUCAGUACUUCCGACUUCAACCAUAAUAAGAGACUAACUGGUCUUCUGGCCUCUAGUUCCGCUGUUUCUCCCCACUUGAAUCUAGCCUGGAUCUCAGCAUCAGAUCAUUCUUCCUGAAGUACUGCUCCAAUCAUAUCAUUCCCCAAUUUUCAACCCCCCGUGGCUCCUUGGAGCCAAUCCAGGUACCCGCUGUUCUGCCCUGUGGUAUUCAAGGCAAGUCAAUAUGCUCCCAAAGCUUUUCAUCCGCUGCUCAGAAAACACACCUAGUGCACCAGCAAAUUUAAGAUAAGCCCCUGCUUUCCAGCUACAGUCCACUCUUUGCCUCCAUCGGGAAGGCUCUCUCCCCAGUCUCCGCCUACGGAAACCUUAACUGUUCCUUACAGUCCAUCUCCAACGCUACUGACUCUGAAAUAUUUUCUUAUCCCCCAGACCUCAAUCAAAUAUAAUUCUACUUUCUUUGAAAGCUUACAGCAAAUUUCUUGAGGCUGGAAGAAGAGAAGUUUACUUUGUACAGUAUUUUAUAUAAAACACAGCCUCCAUAUACCUGCCUGUCCCUCUGCUCGCACUAGCCCAGUCUUGCCUGCACUAGAUUUUAGCUACUUCUUAGUAAGGACUGUGUCAGAAGUUUGCCAUGUGCCUUAUACAGAGUAAGCACUCAAUAAAUAUUUAUCAACCUAAAUUGAACUUAAAAAUUCUAUGUAAGUCAGUGUGUUUUUAAACAAAGUGAAUUGAAUUCGGAGCAGUGGUUCUUAACCUCGGCUACACAUUACAAUCUCCUGGUGAGCUUUGAAAAAUCCCGAUGUCCAGGCCACAACCCCAAAUCGGUGAGCUCUGGGGUCAUGGCACAGGCAUGAGUAGUUUUUAAAGCUUCCCAGGUGAUUCCAAUGAGCAGCUGAGGUUGAAAAAAAUCAUUUUAUUACCAUGAUUUGAUCACACAAGCUACCCAGCAAGGUCCAAAGGGCUGCAGACGGCAUAAGGCUAUACUGUCGGCCUGGAUGAAGAGCGUACCCUCCCUUUUUGCACAUGCAGUGCGUGCCUGGGAAGUAGAAACAAACACGCCCUUUAGCCUUGUUAGACCCUACUAUUUUGCUCUACGCUCAUUAAACACAGAGCACUCAUGAAGGCCCCAGAGUAAGCUCAAAAACCUGCAGAAAGGCACUGGGGGCAGAGGGAGGUCGGUGCAGCUCUUCUGGCCCUUUGUUUCAAAAAGCAGCCCAGAUCCCAAAAGUACCCUUCUCUCCAAACAACUGAAGGUUUUUCAUAACUUGAUUAGCCAUGGAAACGGGGAUCAGAGGGAAAAUGGAGAAAGAAAACAUACCAUUAAAACCAAACUGCUUUGUGGCCGGCCAGUGGCGCAGUGGUUAAGUUCGUGCGCUCCACAUCUGUGGCCCAGGGUUCGCAGGUUUGGAUCCUGGGCACAGAUCCAGCACCACUCAUCAAACCACGCUGUCGCAGCACCCCACAUAAAAUAGAGGAAGUUUGGCACAGAUGUUAGCUCAAGGUCAAUCUUACACACACACACACACACACACACACACGCACACAAACCAAACCGCCUUUUGGAAACAUAGCACCCUUCAGCAAAGUUAGGUUUUAAUCUGAAUUGCCAAAUAGUGGGACUGGUUUGAAUACAUCUUUCUCAUUUUAUUCCUCACUUAACUUUUCUAGGCAUCCAAUGAGAUUAAAUGGUUAGGAGACAAGCAGUUGGGUAGAGCCAGAGGUUUGAAUGAGACAGCAUGGAGAAUAAUUCCCGGGGGAGUCAAAGCUGACUUUUGUGACAACAGGUUAAUUUGGAUAUUCCUCAAAUGAUAAAUGGGUUGCCAUCUAGAUGUUCACUGUAAAUUUGUUGUUUAAAACUCAGAAUAUAUUUCCUCACAUAUCCACAUCACCCAAUGCUAGAUUCCCAAGUGAACCCAAAAGAAGUCUAAUUCAUGACUGAGUUACAGUAUCUAUUACACUAGAUUGGGUUAUAACCCCAAGAAGAGGGACCUAGGCAAAGCAGCCAAUAGGAAAAGAGAGACUACUUUCCCCUCCUUUUUUGUGUCUAUGAUGUGUCAAAGCUGGAGUGAUUAUGGUCCUUUCUGCAUCUAUCCCCUGUUCCAUGUUUUUCUCCCCAGAUGCCCUGUGCCCCAUGUUCUGUAAUCCCUGCUGUAACCCAUCCCUUCACACCCCUUCCCCACGGCCUGCCAGCAUGCUUCAUGCUCCAAAAUAACCUAACUCCAGUUCCAUGCAUCGUGGCUCGUUGUCCAGAAGAAAGCAGUCCAAUUGAACAAAUUCUGAAUGCCUGAGAGUCUUUUAACUUCACAGAGGUGCUGCAUUUUUUAAAGCAGUUGCAUUCUUACUCCUGUCAACUUCUAAUUGAUAGAAUUCCUGGCAAAGUUAAAAAAAAAAAAAAGGCUAUGAAGAGAGGUCUAGAAAACUGACUGGGUCACACACCCAAGUUGUUCUUGUUGAUCACAGCCUCCCCCUGUCCUCCUCUUCCUCACACACUCCCAAACUACUUUCCAAGCUGAGCUCCUGGACUGUGUAUACGGGCUAUUUAUAAGCUGGUUGUAAACUCAAAGGCAAAUUUACUCAUAAUGACCAUUAUUCAAGGUCACUUCCAGAGUCUUUGGGUAACCUGGACUCAAAGUAUUUCUGCUGAAGGUUGAGUUGAAAAUCAACGUGCCUUACCAGUUGAACAGUUACUUAGAUUGCAAUAGGGCUUGUUGGAGUCCUUUUCACCACUAAUUGCCUUUUCUAGUUUUAAGCGGAUCAAUAUUUCAGAAAGUUAAUUAAUGAAGCAUUGUUUGAAGAAUGUCAAGCAUCUUGUAAACUUUGACAAUGCAGUGGUCAUCAGUAUGCUAAAAAAGUUGCCAAUACCAUGUUUUUAAAAAUCUGUGCAGCGCAAAAAAAAAAA